AUGGCUACUGUAACAACAACCAUAGCCCCUAAUGGGGCAGCAAAGGCCGAGACAGUGAGGGAAGUCCCUGCUGGAACAGACGCCGCGGCUAAUGCAGAGCUUGCGAAAGCAUGGAAGGAGAUGGAAAAUCGGGUUCAAGAGCUUGCGAAGAUGUCUCAUGGCAAGGAUUACGAUCCUAAUCUACAACCUAGCGAUGUAAUGGCAAAUUUGGACGCCAUCCAGAAUCCUAGGAAGAAAUCAUAUAUCUCGCCAGGUGUCAAAGAAGCCUUCAACAAUACCCUCACUGCUGUCUCCAAGGUUGGCGGUAUGAUCGCAGAUGCUGCGUCCCAGGUCUUUGCCCCAGCCGGACAAUGCUACAAUGCUCUGAACUUCGUUAUCAGCGCCUGGCAAGGCUAUCAAGAAGUCUUCGGUGAACUUAGCUCACUAUUCGGAAGAUGCGGCGAGUUCCUGGAUCGACUGCAUCAUUAUGUCGCUGGGAAGAUGAACGCGACAUUGACCGAAGUCGCCUGCCAAGUGCUACAGCUUUUUGUUAGUGUCUGCGACCACGCAAUGAAGAUUCGGCAUUCCGGUCGUUUCAAGUUCAAAACUUUUAUGAAGAUUGCGUUCUUCUCUCAAGAUGACUUUAAAGGCUUGAUCGGUGAAAUGGACAGUCUCACAGAUAAAGAACAAUUGCUUGUGUUGGCCCAGACAUACGAGAAGGCAUCAAAGGCUGCCGAGUAUUCGAAAAACACAAUGGGCCUUUUGUCCGAGGAUCGAAUGGAAAGGUCAGAGCAGAAGAAGGCUCUGAAUGAUAGAAGUCAGAUCUUGAAGACCUUGAAUUUUGAUAACACGCCAGACACAUGGGAUAGCAAUGCACAAGCACCCAUCGCAACCUGGGGAACGACGUACCAGAAUAUUCGCCAGAACAAUGUGGAAGGAACGGGUCAAUGGCUCCUCUCCGACAAAUCUUUCCAAACUUGGAUGAGCCCAAUGACUGAUACUCCCGUUCUUGCACUUGUCGGUCCUGAAGCCGCGGGAAAAAGUUAUCUGGCUUCAACUGUCAUCAACCAUCUACGUACGCAGGUCACCGCACAAGUGGAAACCUCUAGACGUCUUGUGGGAUUCUACUUCCUUGAUGAAAGGAAGGCCAAUGCGGGAAUUGCUGUUCUUGGAAAGUCGAUCAUUUGGCAGUUCGCUGACGGCGACGCGUCGUAUAUGCAGUCGGCUGCUGGUACAUGUCGGAAGGCUGGUACCAUUGAUCCUACUAGGUUGAUGCCCCGAUUGCUUCUUGAGAACCACGAUGAGCUGGAAAAUGUUGAUGUGACCUUCUUUAUUGUCAUCAACAAGCUCGGUGACAAAAAGGGACAUAUUCACCCGGCUGUAGUUAAGUUCCUCCAACAGGCUACUCGUUGUAAGCGGCGCGCAGUUCGUGUGUUGUUCACCACCACACAGGACACUAUCGACCGACUUGAGCGAGACCAAUUUACAUGCCCUGUUAUUCAAAUUCAAAAACGGAACGCAGAUGAUGCCAUGAAAUAUAUCGACGCUCGAAUGGACAGGAUUGAUUCGCUAUCUGACACAAGGCAAGAUGGUAUCGCAGAACUCCGAUGCGAUAUUCAAGACAGGCUCUACAAAGCAACCAAGGGAAAUUAUUACAUGAUGGAUAAGACUUUAACCAAAAUUAGCUCCUUGGACUACGACAAAGACAUCUACAAUGCCCUUGAUGGCGCAGGCAGAAGUCUCGAGGAUCACAUUGUUGAUGAUGUACGCAGGCUCAAUGAGACCCUCUCAGCCAAAGAGAUUGAAGAAAUGAACAAAAUUAUCCUUUGGGUUAGCUUUGCACAGGAGCGAGUGACAGCUGAUAUAAUGUCAGCAGUGCUGCGCUUUAAAAACGACGCAGUGUCCCUUACUCCUCUAGGCGAACGACUCAAGAAGAAGUUCCUCCUAUUUGAGAUUGAUAACGAUGGCUAUGUCGCAUUCCGAUCAGAGAAGAUUCUGGACGCCAUUCCAGAGCGAGCCGCAGCAGCCAAAGAGCGCCAAAGGAAAAACCCAGCCGUUAACGAAGGCGAGGUUGAGAUUCUUCGGCACUUCCUAAAAUCCGUCUGCCCCCCGGGACUAGCGGAGAAACUCGAAAUGGAGCAGCAUUUCAGGGAAAAAUUGAGCGCUCGGCAGCAACAAAUCUAUCGCGAGGACGAGAACCAUGCUCACUUUCAGCUUGCCAAGGUUUGCCUUCAUGCUCUGGCUAACAAGGCAGGCGAGAAACUGAGGCCGCUGCGCGGGUAUGCCUCUCGUCAGCUUGUUUACCAUAUUUCCCAAGUGGACUUGGCAGAGAUUGAUCCUGAGCUAAAGGGUCAAAUUGGACCUGACUUGGUCAAUCUCUUCCGUGAUCGAGACUCAAUUGAUAAUCUUCUCUGGGCCACCAAGACUGUCCCAACCUUCCCAUCCUGGCUCCUUGAAAAGAGCCAGAUGGCUAAGAUUUGCGAUUGGCUGAGCAGAGAAAGAAUCGUCGCCAAUGUCAACGAAGAAGGGAAGAAGUGGCUUGCCAAUUUGUUUGGGACUACGGAAAGUCACCGAUUUAACACGAUUAUUUUGCCUUGUGCCCGUCGGAUGGCAGAGUUGUGUCUCAAAGAGGAGUCACCUGCCCAGGUUGCGACGAUGGCAUUCUAUUGCCUAGAUGAUUACUUUGUGAAGUUUACUCAGACGGGGGCGUUAAGCGAAGCUGAUUUCAAGCAUCGUGCAUCCACACCCCGCCUUUCCGAAGUCGAGGGCCUGAUAAGAUCGGAGACCCUCGUCUCGAACCCGGACGCACUAUGGGAAACCCAAAUGGGUUAUGUCUAUGACGGCUUCUCCCAAUUUUCAAAGGCUGAAGAAAGAUGCCGCAAUGCGCUGAAGGACGCUCCCAAAGGUGACAAAGCGCCCUGGCGACCCUUGCUACUUCUGGCCAAGGUUGUCCAGUCACACACAGAAUCGAUUGAGAUUUUAAAGCAGCUUAUGGAACGCUAUGAGAAUGACUCUGCCUGGAUGGCCGCAAAUGAGAAAUCAUAUGCCGAAAUGGCCUUUAUUCUUGGAAAUCGGUAUUGGAGCACAGAUAGGUCAGAAAAAUCCGGCAAGAGAUAUUCUCAGUGUCUUCAGCACGACCCUACCAACACCAACUUCUUUAAGGCGAUUCUUGCACGAUACCAUGACACGGAAAGAUGGGAGGGUAUUAUUGGUUUCUUUGAACAGAUGCACUCCCAGUCUCAACUUGCCCCAAUGGCGCUUAGCCUGGCUGACGAGGAGAGACUCCAUGUGAUCGUUCUGCUUGUCGCAAUCAACACAAAGAAGUACUACAUCUUUGAUCAUAUUUACCCCAAGGCAAUUGCCAUGGCUACGAAGAACAGAGAUCACAAUGCUGCAUUCUAUCUUCGUGAGUCCUACGCAGGUGCCCUCGCUGUACUUCCCGAGCUCCCACUGGAGAAGGUUACAGAAUUGCUGGAAAUAGCUGCAAUGGAGGACAUUCCAAAUACGACCUUGAACCCCACAGUGGCCUUCUUCCUCAUCGGAUACAGAUUAGGACGGAUCUAUCUCGACAAAGCGAUUGAGGCCAAGAACGCCGGAAGAGCCGAGAAGGCAAUCGAAACCCUGGGGAUGAUGCAAAAGGUCGUGCCCGAACAGGUCAAUGAGGAUCAAAUGCGUCUUCCUCUCCGUCUGUUUGGCGCCAGGUACUUCAAGCAGCAAGACGAUCUACCCACUGCCUACAAAUUAGCACACAACACUCUGCAAAUGGCCAUUGAGCUGCUGUCUGAUGAAGAUGACAGCAAUGACACCCUAGCCUACACCAAGAUCUUGCAUGCUGCUAUUCCAUUCGGUGACAAGAAGAAUGCUCUCGCAGCUCUUUGGAUGUUGAAGAUUGGUGAAGGGGACCAAUUCUCCUUCCGUUGUAGCUGCAAGUGCGGAGCUGCAUGGAUUUCGCCGGGUAAUAUGUGGUGGUGUAUGGACUGUAUCAACAUGGUCUUGACUCCCGACUGCUACAAGAAGGUCAAAAGUGGUGAGUUCUUCAACAAUAUUUGCCACAAGAACCACAGUCAUUUCUUCCUGCCUGAUUUGGAGGAGUCGAGAUUGAAGGACUUGCCUAAGGACCAUGUGCCAUGGGGAGAUGAAGAUAUCCUGCUUGAGGAUUGGAAGAAGGAUAUUAUCAAGACGUAUAAUUUGGGUCAAAAGACUAGGUGA